AGAAAAAUGGCGCACAAUAACCCAUCCAAUGUGCUCGACCCUGAUGCUCCCGCGUUCUCCUCAAGCUCUAGUCUCUCUCAACAGGCCUCUAAUCAACAUCAAUGGGGCUUUCAGGCGCUUCAGGUCCCGUACAUACAUCAAGGUACCUCGUACUAUACCUACCCACCGCAAAUACUGCCACCACCACCACCACCAUCUCUACAACAAUCAUCUCAACCACUGCCAUCACAGCCACUACCAUCGCAAGCCCAUGAUGGUUACAAUAGUAGCAGCAGCAGCAACCACGGCAAUGGUAACGGAAACGGCUAUAGCAGCAACGUCCACAGAAACGGCUACAACAGUCCCUACCAAACUGGGUUCACCACUCCCCAUAACAACCUUUACACCCCCUUCACUAAUGCCAACAUCACUACCCCUUUUCACAAUGUUCAAAACAUUACUCUCUCCUCCAAUGGCUACCACUACUUCCACUUCCACAACAACUGCAACUACACAAACAGCCACUACAACAACAAUUUCCCCUCGUCGAACUCGUAUCCCACCAGCUACUCAAACCACAGCCUCUUCCCCGCCUUCUCCGGUCAGAUGCACCAAGUCGAGGGUAUCUCCAACAGCUUUCAUGACCAACGCAAUGCCACCAAUGGACAUGGUGGCGUCUGUCAGCAACAACCAAAGAAGGACAGUGGAAAAAAGAGCAAGAGGAACAAGAGGAAGAAGCAUGGAAAGAGCAAGGGUAAGAAGAAGGAUGAGGCCAAUGGUGACGAGCUUGGCAGCGACAAGAUGAAUGGAGAUGGCGCUGGUGGAAAUGAUGCCAAUGGAGUUGAGGCAAACGGGGGUGAGAGUAAUGGCAGCGAGGCCAAUGGUGAUGGCACUCGUGACGGUGAUACGUCCAACAAAAGGGAUUGGAAAUUUGGAGAAGAACAAACCUAG